AUGUCAUUUCCACUACCAAAGAAGUAUUAUCUUCUUGUGCACGAUGCAGCACGCAAAGUGCUUGGAACCGAUGCGGAGAUUUCCGCCUUUGUGUCGUCCAAACGAAAGUUUCAAUGCGACAUGCUCAUCAACGCCAGCGCCACUGACCCCGAAAUGACGGGCCGUGCAGGCGGCGGCGGCGAUCACUCCUACCAGAGGGAGUUUGCUGUGGGGCUGCAGCGGUAUUUGGGCAGCUGCGAUGUUGUCGUGCGUUCACGGCGCCUUGACGUUGUGUUCAUGGACCGCGAGGUGCUGCAGCUCGCACUGGGUGCCCCACGGCGGGCAAUCAACAACUUGCAGCGCGGGGAGGAGAUCAAUGGUGAGCCUGACUGGACUCGCCGCAACCGUCUUCGCAUUUCACUCGGCUACGACGAGGACCUCUUUACUAACGUGUGUGAUCUCAAGAUGAACAUCGCCGCCCGCCUGAUGGAGAAAUUUGUUUUUGAUACAUACUACAACUCCACUUACCAUGGGAGUGUGGAGCAGUUUAUGCAGAGGGAGAGUCCACCCGUGACUUACUGGCAGGCGCACGGCUACACCUUGGCGAGGGAGUACCAGUUUGACCACCAUGUGACUCUUGCUGGUACUAUUGCCCAGAACUUUGCGAAGUACUAUGGCGAGUUUGCCUUUGACAACCCCUACUGUCCCGGGGAGGACCUGAACACCAUUUCCUCGGUGCAGUGGCUGUGCAAGGCGUGGAAGCAGAUACCGAUGGAGGACGAGGAGGGGAAUGUGCGUGAGCUGCAGCUUGGCACAAAACAGCAGCCUUCACACCCUCAGUCGUAG